CUGGUUCUAAUGGUCUUGAAUUUUGUAUUGGUCCUUUUGUAUACAAGGCUCACAGGUUUUCCUGUUAUAAACUCUUAUUAAACAAAACUUUUAGCAGGUCUUUACCAAUGUCCAAUAAUGACCUCUUAAUCCUUCAAUUUAGAAUUCUACCUUUUUAUAUUUGCAUGUCAGGCCACAGAGAGCUUGAAACAGGAGUGUGGUCUAAGAUUGCUUUGCCUACAUUGCAUGGGAAGGGAAGCCCAGACAGCCUUAACCCCUACACUUCUUCAGCCUAGCCAUACAAGUAAGAUUAGCUCAGGCUCUUUCAACCCUAUUGAAGCACCACCAUGGGCUUCUUUCAAAAGUGCACCCAGGCUAAAGUGCCUUCCAUCCUGAUGUUGGGGGCAGUGUACGUGGCCUAUGUGUUGAUCGGCGGGGUGGUGUUCUGGAAGUUGGAAGGACGUCUGGUUCAGGAGGAUAUAAGCCGCAUUCUGGAGGGGAAGAUAAGGCUACUCAACACCUUCCCCUGCCUGAAACAGGAGGGUUUGGAAACAGUGUCAGCAGUAAUUCAAGAUGCCCUGAAAGUAGGGGUCAGUCUGAAAGGCAAUCAGACAAUGGAUGGUCUCUGGAAGUUCUCUAGCUCUACUGUGUUUGCUGCUACUGUAGUCACUACCAUAGGUUAUGGAAACAUGAGCCCACGCACGAUGGCUGGUCAGAUCUUCUGUGUGUUCUUUGCUCUUUUUGGGAUCCCCCUCAACAUGGUGGUCCUUAAUAGAGUGGGGAAGUACAUGCUGGUCAUAGGGAGGAAAACCUGUGACUUCCUACAGGGAAAAACCAACUACAGGAGGUGCACUAGGUUUAUGGUUCACCUGGUGUCCUACCUCUGUGGGGCAGCGUUGUUUUUUGUGAUGCCCAUGAUGGUGUUUGAACAGCAAGAGGGCUGGAACUACUCUAAGGGCAUCUACUACUGUUUCAUCACUCUUAGCACCAUUGGCUUUGGUGACUAUGUUGCAGACAGCAACCCUGACGUUGUCUACCCAGGCUGGUACAGCGUUCUCAUGGCCUCUUGGAUCUUCUUUGGCUUGGCAUGGUUGGCCCUCAUUAUAAACCACUCCAUUGAUAUUCUGGAGAGGCUUAAUGCCCAUGUCAAGCAUUGGGGGAGCUCUACAGAUGACUGCCAGGAUGAGGAACCUGCUGUCCUAGCCCCAGAGGCAGAAGGGGUCAAGGAUGUCACACUGAAUGGAUAAUUAAUUAAAUGAGACAUGAAUGACUUAAUCUUCAAUUCUAUAUAGCUUAAGAACUUUGAUGAUUCAAGGGCUGACACCUGUGAUACUAGUGUUUUAUCAAUUUGCAACUGUCAACAUAAUUUGGUUGCCGGCAGUUGGCCAGCAAUGGCAUUUUCCUA